ACGAAGUGACAUCGAAACAGCUAGUUUAAACAGCGUCAUAGAUCCAAAUUCGCCAGGAUUUACCACCAAAUUAAUAAAAUCGCCGGCACUAGGCCUAUUGAAUAACAAAUAUAGAUUACACGUUAUAACUAAAAACAAUUCCAAUUCCAAUCCCAAUUUGUUCUCACAUAGAAUUUGUUAUAACACGGGGAAUAAUGCUUAUUAUGAAAAUGGUAUAUUCGAUAAAAAGUAUUUAAAAUCAUGGAGAAAAGGGUGCUUGGAAUACGAUAACAUCGCUUAUAAAGUUGAGCUUGAUCGGCGAAUGGUGUAUUUAGCGAGAGAGCCUGAUAUUGAAAGAUUAACCGAAUCGGGUUAUAUAAUUUGGCAAUUUGAUUAUCGUUCCGGAAAUUUCAUAAUUACUUCUUUAAAUCUUCGGUUGCAACAUUGCAUAUUUGAUGAAUCCGCCUCGGUAAUAUGGUCAAUCUCUCCAUUACCGACACGUACAAAUCCAAACCCAACCUUUCAUUUAAUCACGCCCGAUCUGCUCACGUGUAACACGCCUAAUGAUGAGUAUGAAUGUCAAAGGGAUAAUACCUUGAAAAAUGCUUCGUCAUUGAUAAAAGGAGAAUACGGAUUCAAAUUAAAGGUUGAAUUAAUCGGGGGUGGCAUGACUGACAUGGCAUGGCAAAAAGCUCAAUUAUUCAGACAAAAAAGGAUCGCUGGAAAUGACGCUUUGGUGGAUGAUGAUGAGACCUUUGGAUUUGAUGUUAAAGUUGAAUUGACACCUGAUAUCGUAUGCGAUCCUUUGCCUGAAAUUAUACAAGAGGACGGAAAGGAAAUUAUAUUUAAUGAUAAAGAGACUAGUGAUUUCAUUAUUUCGCUAGAGACGGAAUCCAAGGAUUACUACGUUCACACGGCCGUAUUGUCUUCAAGAUCAGAUUAUUUUAAAGCUCUUUUAGAUUCAAACAUGAUCGAGUCAAACAAUAGAUCUUUAACUCUUAAGGAAAUUUCCUCGAUAACCUUAGAUACAUUACUAAAGUUCAUGUAUACCGGCGAGAUUACUUUUGAAUUGGAUUCCAUCGAGGAUUGGAUCGAUUUGAUGUACGGGGCUUCCAGGUUCCAGAUUCCUACCUUAAUUCAAAGAUGUGAAAAGGCGCUAAAAGAAUUGGUGGAUGAAGAGAAUGUUGAAGAUAUUGAAGCGAUUGCAAGAGAUUGUGGUGCAGAACAAUUAAUAAGAUAUUUUGAUAUGUUACUGGACGUGGAUGAUGAAACCACCAAUUCCUCUGAUGAGGAUAAGAAUAAGUUGAACAUAGGGAAAAAGAAUGCUAAUAAGUCGACGAAUAUAGGAGUAGCCAGCUUAAGAAAUAUUUUCCGAAGGAAGAAUAAAAAAAUACACUAA